AUGGCCGCCCCUCGUCGCCGCUCUGCACGAUUGAGCAAAACACCCCAGAAACAACGAACAUCGAAUCGUAAAGCUGCCUCGACCGUACAUCUCGAAUCUUUGGUAGAACGGGACGAGACCCCAGACGUUACAGAGUCGCAAUCGAUUGACAAUGUCCUCGCGACGCCCGCCUCUGCUGAGACAAUCAAGUCGCAGCUUUCAAAGCUGUCCGGCUUGAAAACUCCUAGAACCGAGCCCAGACCAGAUCCGGCCGAGAUGCACCCAGAACUGGUUCACCAUAGCACCGCCAAAGCCCCGGACUCCGGUCUGAAGCUAGGUUUCGUCGAUAUCCCGCCCGAGCCUCUUCAUUCUAUCGAAAGCGCGCAAAAUACUCCCACGAAAGCCCGCACACAGCAUACUCCGACGAAGGCCCGCACCAGUAGUCCAGCCAAUUUGUCGACAACCGCGUUUGACUUCAAGUUCAAUUCCGAGUCUCAACUGAGUACGGAGGCACAGCAGCUCAUGGAGACUGUUCGGGAGGAAGCCGCACGGAUAAAGACACAGAUGCAGGCGGAAAAGGAGGCGCAAUUGAAGAAAGACGAAGACGCUGAGGCUAGUUUCAAUGGAAUCAAUGCUUCCGGCAGAAAGAUUGCCAAACCCAAGAGCAAGGCAGGACGGUUCAGCGAUAUUCACAUGGCGCAGUUCAAGAAAAUGGACUCUAUUGCAAAUCAUCCGUCGGCAUACCGUGCCAGACCUGGAUAUGCCCAGCCGACAGCACAGUCGCUCAAGAGAAGUCCCUCCAAGGCAGGGCUCGACGAUGUUGAUCGUCCACGAACUUCUGGAAAAGGAACACCUGGUCGAGCUCGCCCGCCUUUCCUCGGUCGACCAACCUCGGUCAGUCCUUUCAAAUCUAUUCCUGCUCAACCAGAACGACUCGAAAACACAGCCCCAGCCAAACGUGCCCGCCAUUCGGUCCUACAAGAUGUGUCCGCCUGCCGACCGGCAGAAGUGCAGCAGUCUCCUGGCAAGACCACGGUGCCGAGGCCAGUGUCGAGCAGGUUACUUUCGCCUACAAAAGCUUCGCUAGCCAGAAGUGCAGCGAGUCAGAUCCCGGUGGCGUCGCCUAACAAAGCCCAAGCGCCGAAACGCACCGCUUCUGUCAGAUCGUUGAAGACGGUGUCUACAGUACAAGCAGCUAGACCGGCCACCUCUCAUGGGGCUGUGACUAUGCAAAGUCCCAGCAAGUUGCCACAGGCUGAAACAUUCCGUCUGAAUAUGUCUCUUCCAUCUCUGCCAUCCGAGCGCUUCACUGCAGCUGAAAACAAAUCUGCCUCGCCUCAGCGACUACAAUUCAACGCAGAGGUACCUCAACCCCCGGUUAACCAUGGAUUUGCAUCAAGAUUGCCAAAAUUUGCCGGCUUGAAGUCGAUUCUGCGUCCUGGGCGGAAGAUAGAUACCGCGACUCCAGCCGAUGAAAAGCAACCGACACCCAUACGACACGAGACGCACUCCGCAACUCCCGGAACAGGCUCAGUGAAGAAGGUCGAUUUCACUCCCAGCGUCAAGUCCAGAUAUGCCGUCAAGCUGGCGGCUGCAAGUCCCAGUCCUGCUAAAUUGCCGCACCUUACCCCUGGAAAAGCGCUCCCUUCUGCUGCUGAACUAUAUGACCCAGCCGCCUACGUGCUUCAGGAUGAGGAUGAUGGUGACGAUGACAACUGGGAGGACGCGGAAAGCGAGAUCGACUAUCCGACCUUGCCAGAUGACCUCUCAAGCCCGGCUCGCCCGAAGGCCAUGGAUGAAGGAACGUUCUCCUCAAAGGCAAAGAACCAUAAUCGUCGCGAAUCGAAAGAAUUCAAAUCGAUCUUCACCACUUUGCAUCACCCAUCGCGUCCGGCCGAGCCGUCUACACUGACGUCAGUCAACACCAUGAUGAAUAAGACCGAUCCAACAAUCCACGCCAAUAGAGUCAUGCGAUCUCCCAGCAACCCGAACUUCUCGCAGCCCUCGCCUUCGACUAUCCGUCGCGUGCGCACAUCGGGUGUGACCGAAUUUGUGCAACCAUUCGAAGACACCGAAGUCCAGACUGUUCCGCAUGGGCUACCGGGCAAGAAACGUCGUCGCGAGUCCACCGUCUCUGUAGGCACCGAGAGCAAUGAGGAGACUUCGAAAGAGAACCGUCGUAUCUCGGUCAUGCCGUCUGUUCCCGGUGGGUGGCGAGACACCCCUUCCCUUGACAGUCAGGAACAAGACGAAGGCGACAAGCGCGGUGGCAAGCGUAUGAGAGUCGACACAUCCAAGUUCGAGGAGGCGGCGCACUCCCCGGCAAAGAAAACAGCAACAACCAAAAAGCCUAGACAGAGUUCGGCUCGAGAACUGGCCAAGAAUAAUGCCAAAGAGCGCAAGACCGGAGGCAUUUUGAGUCUCAGCCGCUUGAACAUGUUGGCGCGCCCGAAGCAGAGAAGCUAG